AUGAACAGAUAUAAUACAAGCAGAGUUAUAAUAGCUCUGUUCACAUUUUAUUGGUCCUUCAUACCCUGUGAUGGAUUGACAAACAAGGUAAAAAGUGAAAUUUCCGCUAAAGUAGCCCUUGAAGCAGCUUUAAAUAAUAAUUUAUUUUAUUCAAAUGCCCCGAAAGUUGAAUUACAUAUUAAUGAUACUUUAUAUAAUAGUGGGAAACACUUCGAUACUGGAAUAAUAUCUCGUUGGCUAACACACAAUAAGUAUUUUAAAGAUGGUGAUACGCAGACAUUAGAAAACUUUCAAAAUAGUCAAUACUUUGGUAAAAUACAGAUUGGAACACCUCCUAAAGAAUUUGUAGUAAUAUUUGAUACAGGAAGCUCAAGUUUAUGGAUUCCUAGUGUAGAAUGCCGGAAUGCAGGAUGCAACCCGCAUAGUAAAUUUGAUCCAGCCAGGAGUAGUACAUUUAGUAAAUUAGGUGAUGAUCCAAUUGAAACUUUUAUUCAAUAUGGAACAGGAUCUUGUAUAAUAAGAUAUGGUAAGGAAACUAUUCGUGUAGGACAUUUAACAGUUAAUGACCAACCUUUUGGGAUGGCAAUAGAGGAAAGUAUAGAACCAUUUGCAGAUUUACCCUUUGAUGGAUUAGUUGGUCUUGGAUUCCCUGAUAAUAGUAAGAUAAUAUCAUUUUCGUCUAUUGUAGAUAAUAUUAAACAUCAAGGAAUCCUUAAUAGAAAUAUAUUUAGUGUCUAUAUACCUCGAGAUAAAAAUUCACCUGGAUCAAUAUCAUUUGGGGGAGCAGAUCCAAAAUUUAUAGACUCGGAGGAUAAAAUAACUUGGCACAAGGUUUUAACAACAGAUUAUUGGGAGAUAGAAAUCGUUGAUAUAAAGAUAGGUAGAAAAAGUGUUGGAAAUUGUAAGCCAAAUGGUUGUAAGGCAGUUAUUGAUACAGGUUCAUCUGUAUCCACGGUUCCAAGUAACUUCAUGAAUAUAUUAGCAAGUGAAAUACCUAUGCAAUCCAGCUGUAAUAAUUACUAUAAUAGUCCUAGCAUCACAUUUUUGAUGCGAGAUAUAAAUGACCAACUAAUAGAAAUGAAAAUGGAACCUCAGGAUUAUGUUAUAGAUGAGGGAAUUAAACAAGUUGAGUCUAUAGGUGAAUUUUUGUCGAGUUUACAAGAACACAUUUGUAGUGUCGGAUUUAUAACAUUGGAUAUUCCACCACCACGUGGGCCCCUUUUUGUUCUUGGAAAUAAUUUUAUUAGGAAAUAUUACUCAAUAUUUGAUAGAGAUAAUUUAUAUAUUGGGUUUGCCCGUGCUAAACACAGUAGUAGUGGGCCUCUAUUCCUGUCACUUUCAUCAAGUCCGGCAAUAAAUUCCCAUUCUUAUCAUAUAAAUAAUUUCAUUAUGGUAUUAGCAUUGAUUUUAGUAAUUAUAUAUACAUAA